AUGUGUGCAUACACCUUUUGCCAAUUGCAAAUUUUGUAUGAACGCGUGGAAUUGUUGCGAGAAAAAUUCGAUUUUUCGUAUCUUAAUUGCGCGCAAAUUAAACCUAAAUAAAUGCAGUGGUUGGUGGAAAGUUUGAAAUUAAAAUAUGAAUCAAAAGGGAGCGCGAGAACAAAAUGAUAUAUCGAUAAUAAGGAAUCUGCCAAAGCGACUGCAACAGAGGAUCGUUGAAGAUGUUAGCGAUAACUCAUUGGUAACAGUUGAUGAUACAGCAAGGCAAAGUUCUAGCGGUCAACCUUCGACGUCCAAGGGAGGCGCAAAAAACGAUGAUAACGAUAAGAUGUCUAGGCGUUUUCUGCAAAAGCAGACGAGGCCAGGUAAUGCCAACCAGCAAGGUGAGAACGGAACCAUAGACGCUACGAGCAUUAAUUUUUUCUUGCAAAAGAAUGCGUCCUGUACCAGGACACUAAACAAAAACAAUUUCAAAAGAGAAACUGUGCCCGUUUUGGAAUCCAGCGGGAAAGAAGUUGCUAGCAAAGCAACUAAUAUCAAAGAUGUUACUCCAUCUACAAACUCAAAUGUUGGCAAUAGUUCAAUACCAGGAAUACUGCGUUUCAACGAUGCCAAGCAUAUAAAACUAAUUGCUGCAGAAAAAAAUAUAAACGGUAGUGAAAAAAAUGUUGGCCGAGACAACGGUAAAAAAACAACAACGCGUAUUCAUCAAAUCAGUGAACAGUUCACGAAAGCCGAAAACAUUUUAACAAAAUCACCCGCACGCCAGUUGCAACGACAACUGAAGCAACCACCUUGGUUCGAAAUGCUUACUGGCGUACAAUAUGUUGAACAUUUACCAAAACUUUACGAAAAGUUCACAUCGAUAUUACAGCAAAAUAAAGUCAUUGAGAAUUGGUCAGAGUUUAAUGAAGCACGCGUAGAGCUUCAAAACAUAUUUACGAAUCUGUUACUGCAGCAGUUGAAAUUAUGCUGUGAACAGAAAAUUGACACAUUUUUUUGGAAGUUGCUGUACUAUAAUGUGCGAGAAUAUUUCAUAUCAAACAGCAAGCUAACUGCAGAUGAUAUACACAAUAGAUUCCUUUUACUUAUUGACGAGGGUUUAGAUUUCUACACUAAUCUACAUAUGAAACUUAAUACAAAAUAUAUAAAUACCGUUCAGAAGCAAACAAAUAUUCUGUUACAACACCCAGCAAACAAUAUUAGCAUAGAAAAAGAAGUACCACCACAACGUUCAACGCACAAAUUUGAAUUUAUCGCCAAAGUGGCCGCCCAGAAGCUACUGAUUUGUCUGGGUGACCUUUGUCGCUACAAAACUAAGGAACUGCAAACAAAUGAUUAUACCGACGCAGCCAAAUAUUAUCAGCAAGCACAAGUUUUGAUACCAACAAAUGGCAUUCCCUACAACCAAUUGGCCAUCGUAUCCAUACAUGCGCGCAAGAAAUUUGACGCCGUUUAUUUCCACAUGCGUAGCUUAAUGUCCUCCAAUGCUAUAUAUUCAGCACGUGAGAGCCUUUUGGUUUUGUUCGAUGAGAUUCGUAAAAAGUAUGAAGAGACUGAAUUAAAGAACUCGCCGGUGCAUCAGGGUAGCCCUCAAAAUAAUAGCAGUAGAAAUUCGAAGUCGUUGCGUAAAGAAGUUUGGAUACACGUGGACGGCGUGCGGCGCUUGCAUCAUUCCUCUGAAACGGAUAACAUUAAAAAUAAAAGUGCUGCGCUAAUAGAGGAAAAAAAGUUGAAAACGUUGACAAGCGAAGAGCUGCUGCGUCGAUUUACAUCGCUGUAUUUGUACGUGAUUGGAAAACUAUACACUGGCAUAGGCAUGGAGUCUAUUGUCGAACAGCAACGCAAACUUUUGGCGGAGCUUAAUGUCCUAUUAACUCGCAGCCCAUUCCCAAUGAAACGAUCUCGCCUACUCAAAAUAGUAGCAUUAAAUAUUUUUUUGCUCGAGCACAAUUUGCACAAAGAAUCACGUCGUGAAAUCCGCUACUAUGCAUUUAAUUUUUGCAAUCAGUUCCUUGGUCUGCUCUUACAGAAGUGCAAUCAAUUAUACGAAACAUUCAAAGUUGACAUAUUGGAUAGUGAAAUGCUUUGUCAUGCCGAUCUAAAUACUUUACUACAAUAUAUAAACGUCUAUAUGGACUGGUUGGCGCGUCAUGUGGACAUUUGGGAGUCGGUGCGCAGUGAAGAACAUAUCAUUAUUGAUUGCUGGACCGAAUGGGAGUGCUUUUAUCAAUUUCUUAGACGCAUGAUCGAUAAAUCGGCCAUAAAUAAAUCGCCGCGCCGUGUGUUGGAAGAAGAGGUGUAUUUAUUGGGUUUUACACCAAUCGCGUCCACCACCAAUAACGGCAGUGUGCAGAAGAAUCUUGACAUGCAUACCUCAAAUGAUAGAGAGCAGUUUUUUCCACGAAUUUUAAAAAUAUACGCUUUUCAUAAACAGUAUGAAAAAAAUCAAACGAAAUUGCAAAUGCGCAAUGACACAUUCACAUUGGAAGAGCUGAACGGUGCUAUGGAGAAGGUGUUGUGCACGUUGGAUAGUGACGAAGACGAUAACAGUGAAAAUAUUGUGGUAAACGGCGAAAGCGUGGACUUGACGCUCAAAGAGAUUAACACAACAAAAACUGACCGUAUUGAGGAUGCGCAAAUUUCGCAAUUGUCAAAGAGGAAAAAGGAAUUGGAGGCCCGAUCGAAUGUCAAGAAAAUGUAUAGCGCAAAACUGGAAGAGAUACUCAAAUUCGUCGACACCACGGUAUAUAUAGAAGUGCGCCCGAAGUACCUAAUGCCGGACACAAAUUGUUUUAUAGACUGUCUUGAUGAUUUCCAAAAGCUUAUAAAUGAAUAUAAGCGUUACAUACUCGUUAUACCAUUAACUGUUGUGAAAGAGUUAGACGGUCUUUCUAAGGGCGUAAAAGUGGAAUCUUACCAAAACUCCUUGCAAUUUCAACGCAUCCAUCACUAUGACGACGUGUCCACCUGUGCUAAACGUUCCUUGGACUUUAUACGCAGCGCCAAAAACAAUGUGAAAUGUGCCACUUCAAAGGGUUCUUUCAUCAAUGCUUCGCUAUUUGCACUGUGCGAGGAGGAGAACGUAUCCAAUGAUGAUAAAAUUUUGGCCACCGCGGUGGCACUUUCGAAAACCAUGAGCACUGAGACCAAUAAAGAUGGCAAAUAUUUUAUACAAACCGAGUUUGUAAUGAUCACCACAGAUCGUAAUUUACGCGUGAAAGCGUUGGCGCGCAAUUUGACUGUCAGCGAAAUGGGUGAAUUUUUGAAGUGGGUCAAGGAUUGCCAUACCUAGCACUGUGUAAUCAUUUUAUUUACUAUAUACAAGGAUUUAACCCAAAUAGUUGGUACGCCUGUAUGAAUCACGGAAUUUGUGCAUAUGUGUUUGUGUUGUUGAAUUAAUUUCGCAAACAUACAUAUGCAUUACAAUGGGUGGUUCGACUUCUUAUAUAUAUACAUAUAUACUUACAAUAUACACAAACUUUUACUGCAUACUUAAAUAUAUAAAAAAAUAUAUAUAUAUCUAUAUAUAUUUGUACAACUCGGUGCUAAUAUCUAUAUAGCCAUACUUGAAUUUAUUUGUACAUUUCGAUAACUAUUAUGCAUUCUUUUUUGUAAACUUAUGCAUUGUACCUACAAUUUGUUAAGCGUACAAUCGGGUUUAGGUAGACUUUUAUACAACAUUUUCCGUGUGAAAUUUUAUUACUUCCAAUAAAUGUGAUUUUGCUAUCAGAA